UCCUCCUCCCGCGGGCGGGGUUCGGGGGCUGCGGGGCGGGGCGGAGCGGGGGCGGCUCCCGGUGAAGCACGGAGGAAAGGGAACGGCAGCUCCCGGGGAAUCCGGAGGGAACGGCGGCUCCCGGGAUUUUGCCGUGCGGGGUCACCGCGGAGUGGCGGCUCCAGCCCGGUGUGCGCGCCCCGGCGGGACCGGGGGCUCUGGACCGGAAGCACCGGGUACUGGUGAGAGCCGGGGGGAAGCACCGAGACACGUCCCGGUCCCAGGUCAGGUGGGACGGAGCGGUUCGUCUUCAUCUGCCCGCCCGGGGCCGGUCCUGCGCCGGAUGCUGCCAUGUAUCCCAGGAUUAAAAGCCUCGCGCUUUACACCUUCUCCAUCACGCUGCUGGCCUGGCUGUUUUACAUGAAGAAGGAGGCGAAGUUGGCAGCAUCGUCAGCAGAGCAGAAAGUGGAUGUGGUGGGUCACAGACCUCAGCCUUCGGCUCUGGACAGCGCUGAGCACAGCAAGUGUUUGCCCAACUUGACCUUUGCCAACUCUUCUCUCGCCCUCCCCGAGCCUCACCGCGUCUUCUUAACCUACAAGCACUGCAGGAACUUCUCGGUGCUGCUGAGGCCCUCCAGGUGUAGCAAAGAGAUGUUCCUCCUGCUGGCCAUCAAGUCCUCCCCCAUCAACGUGGACCGGCGAGUGGCCAUCAGGAACACGUGGGGCAAGGAGGUCUCCAUCGGGGGCAGGCCCGUCAGGCUGGUGUUCCUCCUGGGGCGCUCCGAGGCCAAAAUCCAGCUGCAGCCCCUGCACCAGCUGCUGGCUUACGAGAGCCAGGAGUUUGAUGACAUCUUGCAGUGGGAUUUUGUUGACAACUUCUUCAACCUGACCCUCAAGGAGCUGCAUUUCCUCCGCUGGUUCACGGAGGAGUGCCUGCACGCCAGGUUCGUGCUGAAGGGCGAUGAUGAUGUGUUUGUCAACACUUACAACAUCGUUGAGUUCCUCCAGGAGCUGGACCCUGAACAGGAUCUCUUUGUUGGGGACGUGAUCGCCAACGCCCGGCCCAUCAGGAACACCAAGGUCAAAUACUUUAUUCCAGAGCUCAUGUAUGGAGCCACCUUCUAUCCUCUCUAUGCAGGAGGAGGGGGGUAUGUGAUGUCCAGAGAGACAGUGCGUCGCCUCCAGAGCGCUGCAGAGGACAUGGAGCUCUUCCCCAUAGACGAUGUGUUUGUGGGAAUGUGCCUGGCAAAGAUGUCAGUGACCCCAAAGAACCACGCUGGCUUUAAGACCUUUGGGAUCCAGAGACCUUUCAAUCCUUUUGAUCCGUGCUUGUACAAAGAGCUGAUGGUUGUGCACAGACUGAACCCGACGGAGAUGUGGAUCAUGUGGACGCUGGUGAAGGAUGCCAGCAUUAGGUGUGCAGUGUCAGUGACACACAGCUACAGCAGGGGCUGGAAACGGAUCUACUGAUGAGCCCAGUGGGACUGUGGCUGCUGACAGGGUACUUGAACUAAAAAUCAGGUUGUGGUAGAAAUGUGUCCAUUACUAACAGACUGCACUGGAGCUGUCGUGGGUUGGUUUGCAGUGAGUCUUUUUCUGUGGGGGGUCACUGGAAGCAGUUGAAUUGUCACAGGGUGGCCAGUGGCUUCGUGACACACAGUGCGGGGGACUUGGCUCCUUCCAGCCAGACUGUGCCAGGGAAAGUUGCAAGUGCCACCUGCACUGGUGUCUGACUGCCAGCCAAAGUCAGUCUCAUGUGGGGCAGCCAGCCAUGACUAAUGAGUGACAGAGCAUUUGAAAUUUACUUGAAGGCACUGCAGAAAGGCCAGAAUGUCCUGCUGGGUCUGCUGUCCUAGGGCAGCAACCCCACAGCUUCUACCAGUCAGCAGGAGAAAGGGAGUGGAGUGCAGGAAAGGAAAAGCUUAAAAAAAUAUAUGGCUUUAACACAGCAGUGAUGGUGAUCUGAGGGACUGGGCUCUGCCUCCGGCCCUUUGGCUUUUACAGAAACCCACAACAGGUUUACAUGCACUGGAAACUUUAGCACAAACACUUUCUGAUCUGGUUUGAGAGGAGCUAUGUGUCUUGAAUAAUCACAGUGGUAGGAAGAGUGGCUGUAGCUUUCCAUGUUGUGUGGGAGGUGUUUGGUUUGUUAUUGUUAUAAUGUUGUGUAUAAAUAAAAUAGUUUUGAAAAGUAUUUACAUGGGAAUAUUCUUAGGUCUCCUGAAAGUUAAGAGCCCUAAAAGCCAGGGAAGGCUGAGAUCUGGUGCUGGGUAUUUGCAUUAAAGAGAAUAAUGUUAAGUGGAAAUGGAUACUUGCCUCUUCCUUUUCUGUGAGCUGUUCUCUGCCCUGUCCAGACAAGAUGCAUUUGGCACAAAAGUGAUUAAUCUGAAUGUGCUAGAGUUGCUAAUUUGAGAAAAGAUCAAAUAUAGAACUAAGUUUUGGUGGUAAUUUUGUGAAGCUUAUCAGUAUCAUGCUACAGCAGGAGCUGUGGAUGAUCAGGAAGCAGCCUGGAAGCCUUAGGGGAAAAAACAAGCAAAUGAGUAAAGAGGAAGUGUGUGAUUAGAGAAAGCAGAGUCCUUUGUGCUGUGCUGUUGUAAUUGCUGUCUCUAGUGCCAGCUGCCCAGCAUCCCUCCCCCACCAGGUGGGAGCUGGAGCUUUCAGAAGGGCCCAGGAAGUGCUGCCAGGAGGCUCUUGCUUGUCCUAUAGACAGGACACCCUGAGAGCAGAGGUGUGGGAGCUCUCAGUGGGAUGGUGAGGGACUGACUGCUGGUAGGAUGUGCUCCCUUGGCCCUCUGGAGCACCUGGGGUAGCUGUGGCUGAGCCCCAGGGCUGAGCCAGGCUCUUGGGGCAGAAGGUGCCAUCUCACAGGAGCUGUUUAUGUGCCAGGUGUGAGUAAGGGGUUUGUCUCAAAGAAUUGGUGACUGUCUGUCCUCAUUGUGUUUUUGUGCAAGUUUUUUGUGUUUUUUGGCUGCAGCUCCAACAGGGCUUCAUUAACUGUAGCUGAACCAGUGCCUGUGUGUAGUUUGAGGUGUGCUGGCUUUGUAAACAAGGCUGUGUCAGCAAACCCCAGGUUCUGGGCACAAUUCUCUGGGCACUGCUGCUGGUCCUGGAGAGCAGAGUGGACAGGGCAGGCACUGUGGUGCCCUGUGAGCUGCUGUGCCAGCACUUCUGUGAUCCACUCGAUGAUUCCCAAUGCAAACUCAAGAGCAGAGCAUGAUGUCAUGUCUGCUGUGGGCUUAGGUGUGUGGGCUAACCCCCAGCUGGCAGCUCUCACUUCCUGACAAAGGUGAGGGACUCCCUUCUGCCCUGUUUGGGGGUGAUGUGGAGCCAUUCAUGGCUGGACUGACUGGGUGGUUGCAGUCCCAUCAGGCUGGAUGUGUGUGGGAGCAGCAGGAAGCACAGGAUGUGCACUGAAACAAGAAGUGAGGUCACAGCAGGGCUGGGAGCAGGCCCUGAAAGGGGAAGAGGGACUUUCCUGGCUUUGCAGGCUCCUGGCAGUGCCAUGCAAACAUCUGAGUAGAGUUACUGUGGCAUCCUGAAAGGCACACAACUUGUUUGUGCACUCAGGUCAGGGGCUUGGCAGAUGUUCCUCAACUGCACGAGGUACCAAAUAAGAGCAGUUGUGGUUAGAUGUUGAUCUGAGGGUGCAUUUGGCUCCUCAGAGCUUGGCUGUGCCACCACCCAAGUAAUUCUCUCAUCAGAGGGGUUUUUUUCCCUCAUGCUCCAGCCCAGAGCUGUUUGGCACAGCAAACACUGGCAGCUCCCAGACUGUGCCAUCCUCCUUGGAUACAGCAGCACCCAGUGAGGAGCAAAGAAAGAUGGUUUGUUAAUUUUCUUUUUACUACUCUGUCUAUAAAUGAACAGUGCUGUGCACCUGAAACUGUGUUUGUUGUAAAGGCAGCUAAAAUGACACAGUUUACGCUGCAGGUAAGAAAAUUCCUGGUCAGGCACAACUCAAUUUGGUAACAGCAAUCUUGACACAGAUGCAGUGUAUCAGAUGCUAAUUGUGGUGAAAGACCUUUGAUUAAUGUGUGUUUUCAGAUGGUGUUUAACUGCUUCCAAUCAUCAGUAAGAACGUUCUAGUGGAUGCUGUUCUACAAAGCAAAUUUCACACCAGCUGUCAAGUUAGGAAAUGAACAUAGUGAAAGACACCUGUGGUUUAGAAACCUGCAGUUAAACAUUAAGCUUGCAAAAGAAAUAAUUAUGAUUAUUUCCUGAAACUUGCACUGGGAAGCAUUCAAAUAUGUAAAACUCUCUUUUGCUCAGUGCUUUGUAGAACAGUACACACCAGCUGCCAAAACAAUUUCAUUUAUAACCACAGUAUCUUGAAAAUCAAUCCUCCCCUUUGCUUCCUGGGAACCUCCCCCAGAGGUGACUCUGGGUGAAAUAAGUUGCUGUGCUGAAUAAAAAUGCACCAAGAGCCUGGGUGAUUCCAUGGGAUGUUCUCAGCUCAAGAGCAAGUAUUUCCUGACUGCAGCUCAGUGUAAUUUGGUGCAGCUGCCAAGUCAGAGGUGAAAACUCUGAAAUUCAAGUAAAAAGCAGGGCGUCAUCUUUUCCCCAAAUGGACACACCCACAAUGAGCUGCUUUUGCACAGUU